AAUUUCUUAUUUCAUAUUAGCAAAGUCGCAAUGGUCUAAUCACAAAAUAAUAAUUAUGGCUUUGGCCAGACGCGCCUUCUGCAGUUCCCCGCAUUGCAGUACAUCACAAAAAACAAUGCAAUUCGAGGUCACACAUUUUUCAAACUUUGUGCAUAUUCCUUACUAUGAUGUUCCCAAAGGCCAUGUUUGUACCUAUUCUCCAGACAAUAUCAGUGAUACAGCAUUAUUAUUACCUCGACCUAGGGCUAGAAGAAAUCCUCUUGAAUGGGGCUCAGACGCAACAAUAAACCGAAAAUUUAGAUCCCAAUCGAUGGAUAGAAUUCCACGAAAAUUGAAGCCAAAAAAGAACCAUUGUUAUUCAUCUCGUUCGACAAACACAGAUACUGAUCCUUUCAUGGUAUGUCCUACACGCAAAUGUGACCAUAACCGCCAGUUAAAUCAUUACAGACAAAAGAAAAAGCCCAUCAUGAAUGGUAUUUCUACUGUUUCUUGUUCUACCAAUACGAUUAAUGAAGAGGAUGGAAACAUUGCAGAAAGUACUCGAAGAUUAUUUGAAAAGCAAUCAGGAAUGGGAGAUUCAAAGAGCUCUAGUUCAAUCGGUGAGCAUGAAUAUCUACAAUUUCUCCUAAGAGUUACCGAAGAUAUAAUAAUAAACAAUUACAUUUUAAAUGAAGAUAUUGAUAGAGUAUUCAAUCAGCAUAUCGAGAUGAAUAAACAUGUGUUAGAUGAGAAAAAAAUGAGAGAGCACCUAAUUAAUUUGGCUUUAGAACUAAACCUAUCUGGUGAUCAAGCUACUUCUCCUAAAGAUACGUCAUUCCAAAUAUCGCCUUCCGAAAUAAACAUACAAUACCUUAAUACAUCGUGCCAAUGUGAAACACCAAUUAGUCCUGUAGAGAGUUUAUUUGGAGCUGUGAUUGAACAAGAGAAAGAGUCCAUUGAAAAUAUCGAAGAAGAGGUUUAUUACAAACAUAGUUUAGGUAGGGUUACAGAGUGCACAGAACCGUCAAAUUCAUCAGCUACUGUGGUGGGUAACACGGCUAAUACAAAUGUUCUUAGUUUUAAUGAAAUUAAUCAUUUAAAUCGUGAUGCCAAAUCAGAAAUAGUUGGAAGUAACGAAGAGAUUGACAAAGUUUUUUUAGAUCUUCAAUUUCAAGAACCGCUAAGUGACAUCGCAUUAAGUGAUAAAAGUAGUUUGGAAGACAGUCUCAACGACAUACCUGAUGAAUCUGCCAAAACGUAUAGUAUCGAGAAAGUCAGAGUUAUUGGUAUUCAAGAUGAUCACAGGUACAAAAAUUAUCCGAUAAAAGUUGAUUGUGGUACAGAGACUGCUAUAGCAAACUUCCAGAUGGACGUAACGGUUCAAGUCAAUUUACCGCCCAAUAAGGUUAUAGAACAAUCGUCUCAAACCACUUCUAGCCUAAUGAUAGAUAAACCAGAUUUGAUAAAUAAAUGUACGCAAAGUACUUCCCUAGUCUGCAACAAAAAAUGUGAUACUGAAGAUCUUAACGAAUAUAUCGCAGAAACGACCCCGGAAAAGAAACAAGACCAGAGCACAAUUAUUCCGGAAGACGAAGUACUUUCUCUAACGAAUCGUUCGGAAGUGGAAGGUGGAUUGAAUACAUACUUAGAUUUAAAACUGAUGGGAGAUGAUUACGAUCUGACACCAGAACGGGAUACGUCUGAAAAGUAUCACUUUUUAAUGACAGAUGCAUCUACUAGUAUGGUUAAAUCGCAAGUUGCUGUGGCUAAUGUCGGAAUAGACAGUUUACUUCUAGGAGAUACUUACGAUCUGCACGAGGAUUCAGCUGUACAGGCAUUCCGUGAUAUAGAAGACUCCGCCGCGUACUUACGUACUAAAAUUCCUUUUUACGAAGAUGACAUAUCGGCAAGUAUAAGCCAGUCUUGUAGUAUGACGGAAUCACCAGGUUGGAUUUCGGACAAACCUGGCUUACAGUGUCCAGUUCUAAAAAAAUUUAGCAAAGCAAAGGUGCUUGUUAGACUUAAUACAUGCACGAAUACAUCAACUACCUCAGUGAAAACCUGAGAUUUAUUUAUAAAAUAAACAUUUUAA